CCGCCCCUCCCGCCAGGCCCCGCCCCGCGUGCAGUCCGCCGUCUUCCCGGACUCUCCGCCGAGUGUGACAAGCUGGAGAACGCGGAGUCUAUGGCGCUCGCCCAGGUCGCCAGGUCCGGACCCGAAGGAAAGACCUUAGCGCCAAGGAAGCCAUGAGGCGCAGCGUCCGGCGGGCGCCUUCCCGGAAGCGGAAGCUCGGGGGGCGGGACAAGGGCGGGCUGGGCGUCUCGGCGGUUAAUUCUUUUUUCCUUACAGCUUCGCUUCCCUACGUCCGGUCGGUUCUGAAGCUGAGAAAAAUGGUCAGGUCCGGAUCUCGACCGGGCCAGGUGAUAUCUUCAGGAAGAUACCCUGGAUCUAAGUUAACACAUGGAAAGAAAGCGACCCACCCAAGAAAAAUAGCACAUUCUAAUGCAGAUUCUGCCUGUCCUGCUUAUUCUGAUUCGGAAAGUCAGACGGAGCCUGUGCAGGGACUUGAUGGCUGUGCCUCUUUGCUGCGGGACAUUUUGAAGAAUGAAGAUCCAGCAGGUUCAGAAAUAGUAUAUUCGGACAAUAGAUGCAAUGCCAGACCUUUAGAAGGCAAAAACUUCAGAGCUAAAAAGAAAGGACCUGUAAAGCAUACUUCUUCAGUGGUCCGAAAAGAAAUAUUAUCUUCAGAAAACAAGAAAUGGCUAUCUACUGAAGCUUCUACUGGAAGUGAAAGAGACCCAUCAGAUACAGCACAGCAUUGGUCAUUACAAGAUCAUUAUAGAAUGUACUCACCGAUAAUAUACCAAGCCCUCUGUGAGCAUGUGCAGACUCAAAUGUCACUGAUGAAUGCCUUGGCUUCAAAAAAUGGCCCCAAUGGAAUGUCUACUGCAUGUCAUACAGUGUCUGGUUCAGAAUCUCAGGCAACACCACUUUCUGGUUAUGGCUGCUGUACUUCCACGUCAGCCUGGUCUCCUCAGCAGCCGUCCUGUCCUCUAAUGGUUCACUCUGAAGUUCAGACUGAUGGUGAUAACCAUCUUGGAUCACAAGAUCAAACAGCCUCUGUGAACUGUCCUAAUGUUCCCAGGAAUUCACUUAGUGUUCAUCCUGGAAUUCCGUGUGGCCUUCCCCACACUGACAGAGCAUCUGCUCCAGCGCCUCAGCAGCUGAAUCUCGCUAAUUGGAUUCUGCCACAACAAAGAGCGCCUAAGGAAGCAGACCUCCUAAAGUGUUUCCAAACACACAUGUCUCUGUUUCCAGCUCAUGGAAGAGACACUGUCUUGGACAGUCAGGCCCACCAGAGCCCCACUCAGUUACAGCCAGCUUUCUUGGCCACUAAUGAAGAAAAAUGCGCCAGAGAACAAAUUGGAGAGGCCACAAACGAAGGAAAGUAUUUAGGCAUACAUGUGCAAGAUGCAAAAAUAGCCAAGAAUGUGCAGCAGGCAGAAAAUGUGAGCCAGACUGCUGAAAAAGUCAGAAUUGCCAAGUGUUUGCUGGGAGAGCUCAAGGCCCUGGUCGCAGAACAAGAGGACUCGGAAGUUCAGCGUUUGAUAACAGAAGUAGAGGCAUGCAUAUCUGGACUUUCAGCAGUGAGUGGCCACACAAAUAUAGAAGUUGAAAUAGCCCUGGCCCUGCAGCCACUGAGAAGUGAGAACGCUCAGUUGCGAAGACAACUAAGAAUUUUGAAUCAGCGCCUCAGAGAAGAAGAGAAAACUCCAAAGGCACCUGGUAACCUUGAAUUGUUUUCUCUGCAGUCCUUGAAUGUGUCGCUGCAGAACCAACUGCAAGAGUCCCUGAAGAGCCAGGAGUCACUGCAGAGUAAAAACGAGGAGCUCCUAAAAGUGAUAGAAGACCAGAGAGAGGAAAACAAGAAAUUCACCACUCUGUUUAAAGACAAAGAGGAAACUCUUCUUCAGAAUAAGCAGCAGUUCGACAUUGAGAUGACGAGGGUAAAAAUUGAAUUGGAGGAAGCCUUGGCCAAUGAGAAGAACUCUCGGUUUAAAUUAGAGACUGCAGAAAAGGAAAAUCAGAUCCUGGGAAUAACACUACGCCAGCGAGAUGCUGAGGUUGCUCGACUCAGAGAACUAACCAGAACUUUGCAGAGCAGUAUGGCGAAGCUGCUCUCGGAUCUCAGUGUGGACACUGCCCGCUGCAAGAUGGGGAGUAACCUCACCAAGUCACUUCUGAGUAUUUACGAUCAACAGCUUCAGCAGGACCCAGCCCCUCCUCACACUUCCAUAAUGAGCUACCUAAAUAAGCUGGAGACAAAUCACAGCUGUACACAUUCAGAGCCGCUUCAAAAGGAGGAAGGCACAGAGCCACACAGACCCUAUGAAAACACGCUGCACUCACAGGGCCCUCCACAGAGUGACAGUGGGCCAGCGGGUGGGGGGUCUGUGCCUGGAAUGGCUGCUGCUGCUUUAGGAGAGGAUUCUGAUACAGAAUGUGCAACCAUUGCUUCAAUAGAGGAGGAGUGUAACGUGGACAGUACACUUUAUAUUCCUUUUGCAAGACGCACUUCUACAAAGCAUUCACCACUUGCUAAGAGACUGUCUCCCCAGCCAGUGAGAAGCGUUGCUACGACACAGUCAGUGAGCAACAGCGCACUUGCCUCUAAAAGAGAGCACAGACUGUGUGCUCCAGUAGUGUGCUCUUCACGAAAGGAAGUGGAAGAAGCACCGGGGAAUCUUUCCAGAACAUCUGACACAGAGGACAUGCAGCUCCUCAGGAAAAUAAAGGAAGCAAUUGACAAGAUCCCUGCUUCUGCUGCUAAUGCUGCUGCUGCUGCUGCUAAUGCUGCUGCUGCUGAGCACCCAAAGGAACAGGCCACACCUCCUGGGCCAUCAGCUUGUCACAGCCUUGGUGUCCCAGUGAAGGGCAAUGCCGUCGUCGGUGAUGUCAGCUUUGUAAAUUCUGACUUGAUGUCAGACUGGAGCAUCUCCUCUUUUUCAACGUUCACAUCUCAUGAUGAGCAGGACUUCAGAAAUGGCCUGGCAGCACUGGAUGCCAACAUCGCUCGACUCCAGAAGUCCUUGAGGACUGGCCUUCUGGAGAAAUGAGUUUGGAAGAAAACUGGUUGGGUGCUUUUUGUUUUUUAAGAGUAGAACUUGGCUACGUUCAUAGUAUAUUUUAGGUUUCCUUAGAACAUUUUAUGCUAUUAAUUAUGUAUGAAGUAAUAAAUGGAAUAAAUUUACUGUUAGAGUAUUUUAACACCUGAUGCUUAUGAGAACACAUUCUCUUAAGAAAUUAACAGUUGCUGAGAGAAGAAAGAUGUAGCUAACUAAGCAAGUGUUGUGGUGUUUCACUGCUUCACGGAGAGAAUCUUCAUGGUAACUGCUGGGUCAGUGGUGCGGGCCCCUUAAAGUGUCCUGUCUGCUUUGGAAUACCUGUUGUGUACAUCUUAGUGAUAGUGUGCUUGUAUGGGAUCCUCUGGGUUACAAGCCAUGCUGUUGAUGACAUGCAUUAACGUUUCUGAGAGAGAGAAAGGUGCCAGUGUUCCUACCUCAUGCAAAGCACUGGUUGGUCCAAGGAAAUAUAGGUGGUACCCUUAAUAGACGGUCCUUAAAUCUUGGGCAUUUUAUUUAUGUUUGUCCUGAAUGUACAUUUUAAGACCUUUCAAAAAUAAAGUCAGACUAUAAGGUAA